AUGGGCUCGGGUAAAGUCAUCACGGAGUUCAAGUCUCACACGGGAGCAGUCAACACUGUCCAGUUUCACCCGAGCGAGAAUCUCCUGGCCUCCGGCAGCGCAGACCGGACGGUGAAGCUGUGGAACCUGGUGAAUUUCACGAUGGUCGGAUCAUUGAAGGGAGACACCAGCGCCGUCAGAUGUGUGUUCUUCAGUCCAGACGGCUCCUGUCUGUACAGCGGCUCCUCCGACACGCUCCGGGUGUUCGGGUGGGAACCGGACCGCUGCUUCGACGUGGUGUCUGUCGGCUGGAGCAAAGUGUCGGAUCUGUCCAUCUGCAACAGACAACUGAUCGGAGCGUCGCAUCAGCUCUCCACCGUCUCCACGUUUGUUGUGGAUCUCACGCGUGUCAAGCGGAACGGAAGAGACGUGCUCCAGGACAUCAUCCUGGACGACCGGCUUCUGUCCGUCCCGCCCAGGGUGAAGCCGUUUUUUGACCGCCGCAGUCCCGAGGGAGAGCGGCGCAGUCCCAGUGAAGACGAAGGAGACGAGAAAGUGUCUUCAGCUGAAAUCCACAACGCUGACGAUUACAAGGCGAUCUUCCAGCCCAGAAACGUCAUCCCUCGAAGACCUCCAAAGUUUCCGGAACCUUUCCCUGCUCCCCCUGAAGACGACUCUGUCCUGGGAAUAAGUAGCAAAAUGAAAGGAAUCGCUCCGUUUGCUGAAAAACAGCAGGUCUCUCCCAUCGCUCAGUCCACUCCUGUGCAGAGAGUGGAGCCCACGGUGGUGUGUGCAAAGCGGGUUCCUCCCCCAGCGGAGCCUCCCACGGCCUGGCCUCCUCCUGCUCCCUCUGCUCCCUCUGCUUCACAAAAAUAA